CACCUUUGGACUCAAGUUGCCAAGGGUUAGCCUGUUAAAAUGAGCUUCUCAGCUAGUUCACUGUAAGGAAUGAAAUUUGCUUCAAGUAGUAGAUUCUUUUUUUCAGCUGUAAAGAUUUCUGGUGGUACAGCACAGCUCGGUAAGCCAUGUGAAUCGUAUGUUGGUGUAUGAAGGAGCCAGGAAUAACCCAAUCAAAGAACUCUGCAGCAAAGCACUUGGUCAUUUGUUAUCAGGAAAAUUUCAAAGAUUCCAGGGCAAUAGAAGAAAAAAACUUGGAACAAUGCCAGAUUCUCCUGCAGAUGUUAAAACUCAGUCCCAAGUGACACCACCAGCAAUGCCACCACCACCUCCUACCAUUAUACAGGGACUUGCUCGAAAUAUUUCCUUCUCUCCUACAACCACAGUGAUGAAUGGGACCAGUCACUUGCCAACUGCUCCAUCUAUCUCCAAAGGGCUCAGAGACAGUCCUGCCACCUCAACCUCUGCCUCUCUUACCAAUCAGCAGUUGCCUGUCACAUGUGCAGCCAGACAACUCACCAAACUGAAACGCUUUCUGACUACAGUGCAGCAGUUCGCCAACGACAUCUCCCCAGAAAUUGGAGAGCGCGUCAGAAGCUUGGUGUUGGGACUCGUGAAUUCUACCCGAACUAUAGAGGAAUUUCACUCAAAGCUUCAGGAGGCAACCAACUUCCCAUUGAGGCCUUUUGUCAUUCCUUUCCUGAAGGCUAAUCUACCACUGUUACAACGAGAACUCUUCCACUGUGCUAGGCUUGCGAAGCAAACUCCAGCUCAGUACUUGGCCCAAAAUGAACAACUGCUUCUAAACAGCAAUAACAGCUUGCCAGUCGACUCCUCGGAAAUCCUGCUGGAAGUCAAUGAAAGUGGCAAACGAAGCACCCCCGACAGGACCAAAGAGAAUGGGUUAGACCAUGACCCAUCACACGCAGACCACUUCAGUAAACGGCUGUGCGUGCACAGUCCUGUGCAGUGUUUCAGUUCCAAAAACAGGCGUGGACACCAGUCUAAUGGACUGUCACAACUGGCACAACCUCAACUGCAGCACUACCGGUUGGAGGACAUGGCUGUAUCCCACCACUACAGAGACUCUUACCGACAGCCAGAGCUCAAGGAGCUCAAGGAUCGACACCGGCCUGCUGCUCCAGGAGUCCAUGGGACUCAGCAGGAAGAAGUAAUUGAUCAUCGUUUAACGGACGGGGAAUGGGCGGAGGAAUGGAAGCACCUGGAUAAUCUCCUGAAUUGUAUAAUGGAUAUGGUGGAGAAGACACGUCGCUCAUUAACUGUGCUGAGGCGUUGCCAGGAAGCUGACCGAGAGGAACUUAAUCACUGGAUCCGUCGCUAUAGUGAUGCUGAAGAUAUGAAAAAAGAAAUACUUGUUGAGAUGCCACGCAGACCCUCACAAGGUUACACUCAGGAAGAGAUCUGGAGAAAAGCUGAAGAGGCAGUGAAUGAAGUGAAGCACCAGGCCAUGACAGAGUUGAAGAAAGCUGUGUCAGAGGCAGAACGCAAGGCCCAUGAGAUGAUCACAGCUGAGCGAGCAAAGAUGGAGAAGGCACUGAGUGAGGCCAAGCGGCAGGCUUCUGAAGAUGCACAGUCUGCCAUUAACCAACAGGAGGACUCCAGUGAGGCCUCCCCCAUCCACACAGCCUCCUGGAGCUGGGAGGACAAGGCAGACGAGCCUGCAGACUUAUCUACCAUUGGCAGGGCCACUCCAUGUUCAUCCAACAGGAGCCACGCUCACUCUGGGGUCAGGCAGAUGGCCUCGAGUGCUCCUCCUUCGGAGAGUUGCUGGAAUUGUGGCCGGAAAGCCAGUGAGACCUGCAGUGGCUGCAACACAGCCCGUUACUGCGGCUCCUUCUGUCAGCACAAGGAUUGGGAGAAGCAUCACCAUGUGUGUGGGCUGAAUGGCCAGGGCCCACAGUCCUCUAGCACAGCCACUAGCUCAUCCUCUGCUACCUCUGGAAGGCUGCUCCGGCCAGAUAUUACCAAUGCUGGGUCUGAAUGUCUUGGAGACACCAGAUCUGUCAUUACCUCUCGCUGUGUCUCUCCAUCCACCAAGAUUCCAGUCGAAACUGCCUCCCACUGAUCAACAAUGCAACUUCUCAACUACCUGACGAUUUCAAUGAACUGACCUCUGACCCCAGCCUGUAAUGAACUGUUUGGACAAGGACUCCUUGAUAUUCAGCAAUAUCCCACAUUUGGUGAGAAUGAGGAAAAUUUCUAACUUGGAAAAGAGAUAUAUGCUGCUUUAAAAAUUCCAAAAAUACUCACUUGGAUACGGCUCACAUACCAGACUACCAAACUCUUUCUUCUCCCACCAACCAACUGAUCAAUUACCCUUUUAAAUUCUUCCUUUGGACCCCCCCCCCCCACUAAUUUGUCUUAUACUCAAAUUUUGCAUCUUUCUUUCUUUGUGAUCCCCACACCCCCAACAUUGCUUCCCACUGGCUCCAAUGACCUUUCUUCCCCUUGUAAACCCAUUUGCUUUACUUCUCUUCCUUUUGAUACCCCUCUCCCCAUUGUAUCUUGCUCUUGGAUUUCCCCAAUCCUUCAUGCCCUCAAAUCAGUACUCCUCUUCUCAUGUACACCUACCCCUACUCCCUUGCCUCUGGAUCCCAGCCUCAUGCUAACAUUCUGGAGAGCUAGACAUUCAUAUUUGAUCGACAUACACUUAUCAUUACCAUUAAACACAGCUAUGAGGUACCAGAUCAAUUCAAAGCACAUUGUUCACAUUCGGACAUGAAGAAGCACUCUCCAUACUACCUUGCUAGCCAGCCAAGAAGGUACCAGAUGCACCUCAGCUCCAGUGUAAAUGCAAAAGCUCUACACACCCCAAAAAGUGUUGCUCUGCCGAAGUCACUCAUAAAGGAGACUUACUGAGGAAGUGUUGGUCCCUCAGCCAUGGUGCUCCUACAGCAAAGGUGCCAGUCUUCUAGAAGGCUGUUUCCAGACUGACUCCUGUCUUUUGUGGAAUUACAGAUUUAUACUGGUUAGACUUGUGAUUGUCAAAUAAUCCAAAGGACACAAAGUGUUGGGUAAAAGAACUACAUGUGAAGCACCCUCUCUCAGUGGCCUCAUCGCCCUGAAUACGAUGAGGAAAGCUAUUCAUGAAUGAAAAUGGUUAAUUUUUAAAAUAUUUUUUAAGCAUGAAUGAAUGUUUGACUUGCUGCAAUCCUUUCUCUACCUCCCUUCAUCUCUCUCGUUUUUCCCUUGUCCAGUGAUCCUCUGUGAUGUUCAGAUAUUUCUUCAAUGAUGACCGUUUUAUUUUCAUGCAUGAAAUGAACUAAAAACUUCCUGCCCAUUUCUCCAUGUUUGCUCCCAACUGUACAUCACUACAUCUUUUUCUAUCUGAGUCCUCGCUAUUUCCUCUCUAUAGCAACAGUAAAGGGACUACAGAUGCUGCCCCCUGGAAUUGAAAGCCAAAUCACCUUCUGACUCCAAAAAUCUGCUUCAAAGAUAGUUAUUACCUAUUAACUGUUCAGUUUUAACUUAUCACAGAAACAGGCCAAAGCUUCAGUUACAAGACCAAACUACAAAAUGGUCAUUCCUGACCCAUAUCAUCAACCACCCUCUGCCCCCAGGAACCAGAGUUCCUCCAGCAUCAGCCACCCGUGGUGUUUCCACUGGGCAUUAUUUUCCUUGAAUAGGUCACUGUUUCUCCGCAGGUGCUGGAUUUGAACACAUGACCAAUUCACUUUGAUCUGCUGCUAUGAUGGGCUGUGCCAUGUUGCAGAGUCAAGCCCGAAGGCUGCUGUCCUGGUGAUUUUCACUAUGGCAUCGCCAUGAGUUUCCAAAGCACCAUCUCUAUUACUACAGGUAUAGUGGGUUUUCUCUCUCAUGCACUGAUACAAGGAAAGUGAAUAGCUGGGUGUAACAGCAGCCUCUGGAUAAUGCUGAUGAUUCAAAAAAAGACCUUUUUGCUCCCAUCCUGAACUUUUUUACUCUUACAUAGCAGAGUACAGUACUGCUCUUCAUGUGGGCCACGUCCCUCACACGCUGCUUGCUGCCCUGUGAAUGUGCCGUGUGUGUGUGGACAUCUAUCAGCCACUGUGGCUAUUGUGUUGAGCACAAGGUGUAUUGUUUUCCAUUACUGAUUGCACUGCUCCAGAGGGGCAGGAAGCUUACUUUAUUUAUCGUGUGAUAAGGAUAAGGUUUAUUUUUUAUAAAUAUCUUAAGAGAUAAUAUAUUCAUAGUCUUGAUUUUAAUUGUGGCCCAUUUUCUGUUUCCAGAUUUUAUAAUCACCCACUCUUUUUUCAGAAUCCCCCUUCCACCCUAAAGCUUACUAAUUACUGCACAAAGCCACAGGCGUUGCCUCCAGGUUUACUGACUCAGAAUAUGAUCUAUCAUCCUUAGGUACAAGGUUACAGAAUGGGCCUUGCUCAAGGGCGUUUGAGUGGUGUCCUGGGUAAUCACGUAGCUGAUUCACCUCACCCUAGCCCAACCACACACCCUCGGGUAAAGAGGAGUAGAUAUCCUAUAAAACUCUCAAGUGGAGGCAAUGAAUACCCAACAAUCCAUCUAGCGACUGAAGGUGGCAACACCUAGAGCUGGAGACCAGGUGGCCUCCAUUCUAACACUAGCAUGUCCCCUUGACUCCGGAUUGCCCCAAGCACUAUGUUUAUUCUCACUCUUAUGUAGAGGAGAAAUAAACGUGUUGAGCUGUGAUCUGGAGCGUAAUUGAUGGGCUGAAUGGCCUAAUUCUGCUCUUAUGUCUUGUAGGAAGGGUAGUACAGAGUGGAAAAUGCCUCCUGAAUCAAAGGGAAUUGAUGCUGACCUCCCAUGUUCAUCUUCACACAGCUAAUGUUGAGCUUGACCUUGCAUCCUCUCUGGCCUGCAGUCUCUUUUAUCUGCUGCCCAAAAAUUGUGAUGAGAAAUGUUAAAACAAGUCGAUUUGCCUGUACUGUAAUCAGAUCACUUUCCAGCAAAGGUAGACCCACAGCUCAAGCAGUAAAACCACCUCUAGUCGGCCAAAAAUAGCACUUUAUAAGAUCUAUUUCCUUCCUCGACCUCACUGGCCCACCCUUUCUGCUGCAGUAUUCCAGGGCAUCUUGCCUCCCUCAUGUUCCAGUGACCACAGCUAUUAAUAACAGAUCAGAGACUAAACCUACCGGCUGUUAUUGUAGUCGUCCAAUGUUGUUCAGGACCUCCUGAGAAAGGUAACACUCACCAGGUAAGGGUUCAACUGGCCUGGCCCACAAUUCUAGUUCAUCUGCUCUGUGUUCAGUCAGCUUUAGUCUUGUGCGUGCCUUCCUCUUCAAUGGCUGCUGUUUGGUUGAGGGUGGUGAACAGCAGAAAUGAGAGCAUUGGUAGAACUAACAAAGUUGAAAUUACAGGAGUGUACCUCUGAGCAAGUAUGUGUGUUCAUUAUAUCCUUUGGGAAUGACACCAGUAUCUCCUCAGAGUGGAUGAAUCUAUUAUAUUGAACAUUCACAGUACAGAAGAUGAAGAGU